AUCAUUAAAAUGUAUUUUCUUGGGUUACUCUCGAGUUCAGAAGGGGUAUAGAUGUUUCUGUCCAAGUACAGGUCGAUAUCUUGUUUCCAUUGAUGCAUCAUUUCAUGAAAAUACACCUUUUUCAUCAUCCAAGACAAAUAUUCAUGGGGACAAUGAUGAAAUACUCAUUUACUCUAUCACUAUAUCUGAAUCUACACCUUCUGUAGUUAUUCCACAUGUUCAUGUUCCUGACCCCAGACCUCCAGUACAUUUAGUUUACACCCGUCGAAACAAAGCACCAUAUCACCCUCCACCAGUGACACCUGUGAUUACUUAUCCUGAUAUUGGUCCGUCCUUGAUCUCAUGUCCUGAACCGGUACAUGCAUCUUCAGAUCUUGUCUCUACAUCAGAUCUUGACCUUCCGAUCGCAUUACGUAAAGGGAAGAAAUCUAUAGGAUGCAAGUGGGUCUUUGUUGUUAAGGUUAAUCCAGACGGAUCUGUUGCUCGGUUGAAAGCUCGAUUAGUUGCAAAGGGUUAUGCUCAAACCUAUGGUGUUGAUUAUUCUGACACUUUUUCUCCUGUUGCUAAAUUAACAUUUGUCAGGAAGAAGUUUAUAUUGAGCAACCUCCGGGAUUUGUUGCUCAGGGGGAGUAUGGGAAAGUUUGUCGACUUCGCAAAUCUCUUUAUUGUUUGAAACAAAUUCCCCGUGCAUGGUUUGGAAAAUUCAGUCAAUCAAUUGAAUGAUUUGGCAUGAUAAAAGGUCAAUCAGACCACUCUGUCUUUUAUAGACGAACGAAAGCAGGUAUCACAUUGCUUGUGGUGUAUGUUGAUGAUAUUGUGAUUACAGGGAGUGAUAUUGCAGGUAUUUUGACUCUUAAGAAUUUUCUUCAUAGCCAAUUCCAGACGAAAGAUCUAGGCUCAUUGAAAUACUUCUUGGGUAUUGAGGUAACACGAAGCAAGAAAGGCAUAUUUCUAUCUCAACGCAAAUAUGUACUUGACUUGCUAGCUGAAACAGGGAAACUAGGGGCAAAGCCAAGCAAUACUCCUAUGAUUCCUAAUGUACAACUUACUCACGAAGGUGUGCCAUUCGAAGAUCCAGAGAGAUAUAGAAGAUUGGUUGGGAAACUUAAUUAUCUCGCAGUUACCCGUCCAGAUAUUGCAUACUCAGUGAGUGUAGUGAGUCAGUAUAUGGCAUCUCCCACAGUUGAUCACUGGAAUGUUGUAGAACAUAUAUUAUGUUACUUGAAGGGGACACCAGGACGAGGUAUUGUUUAUCAAAAUCAUGAUCACAUGAGAAUAGAAUGCUUUGCAGAUGCUGAUUGGGCUGGAUCUAAAGAUGAUAGAAGAUCUACAUCUGGCUAUUGCGUCUUUGUUAGUGGUAAUCUUGUCUCCUGGAAAAGUAAGAAGCAGAAUGUGGUUUCUCGAUCUAGUGUCGAAUCAGAAUAUCGUGCUAUGGCACAAUCGGCAUGUGAGAUAAUCUGGAUAAACCAUUUAUUGAGUGAAAUUGGAUUGAAGACACCAAUGCCUGCUAAACUGUGGUGUGACAACCAAGCUGCUAUACACAUUGCCAACAACCCAGUGUUUCAUGAGAGAACGAAACAUAUUGAGGUCGAUUGUCAUUUUAUUCGAGAGAAGAUUCAAAAAGGAUUGAUCUCUACAGGAUAUGUGAAGACCGGGGAACAACUUGGAGAUUUGUUCACUAAAGCACUAAAUGGAAUUCGAGUUGGUUAUUUAUGUAACAAGUUGGGCAUGAUAAAUAUCUAUGCUCCAACUUGAGGGGGAGUGUGAAAGUAUAUUAGAAUAUACUUUAGAAUAUGCUAUAGAAUAUAUUAGGAAUAUACCAUAGAUAUUAUUAUUGUAUAGAAUCUUAUAUAGGAAUGUUCUAUUUGUAAUGUAUAUUUAUAGGGACCUCCACUACUAAUGAAAUACACAGAAAAUCUUUCCUCCACUUUUCAAUAUUAUUCUAGUUUAUAUUUCAACAGUAAUGAUGGGUCUAAAAUCUCAAGGUCAACAACAAAACAUUGAAGGAUCAGCCCUAUAUACCUCUUCCAGACAGAAUGAAAACAAGAAAAAGAGGAGGCCAUGGUGUGAUCAUCGUAAGAAACCAGGCCAUACCAAAGAAACAUGCUGGAAUUUGCAUGGUAAACCUAAAGAUUUCAAACCCAGCAAAGGGAGAGGAGCCUAUGUAGCUACUGGAGAUAAAGAAGACAUGGGCACUUUAAACUCUGCUGCAUUUACCAAUGAGCAGAUUGAGGUUCUUCAACACCUAAUAAGUCAGAGCAAAGGGCCUACACCAUCAACUACCCUUACUGCUCAGACAGGAUUUGGAUUCGGGGAGGAUGAUUGGCAGUGCUAAGCAAAGUGGUGGACUCCAUCUUCUGGAACAUUCACCACAUUCACCAAACUCCACCAACAAGACAACUUCCAGUGAGAGUCAAUUCAACCAUAAGUUCUUAGGGAGUCUUAGUAGGAGUCAGUUUGAUACUCAAAUUCAGUUAUGGCAUUAUCGUCUUGGUCAUCCUAAUGUCUUGUAGUUAGAAAAGAUAUUUCC